CCCUGCUACUGCCGGCGGCGCCGAGCAGGACCAGACCCGUCUAUCGGGCUUUGAGUGGCUGGAAAUUCCCGUCCUUGGCGGCUCCACCCCCGCAGAAAUCCCCCUCGCCGGGGUGUAUAUGCGAAGCGCCGCCACCGCUGCUGCUCACUUGCUGCAAGCCGGAGCUUCGCUGCCAUGAUCAGCGCCCGCCGCCCCGUCGAGCCGCCGGUUAUGGAGGGCUACGAGCAACCCAAGAAAGAGCGCCAGGGCGGGCUGCCGCUCGACGAUCGCCACGACAGCGGCUUGGACUCUAUGAAAGAGGAGGAGUACCGACAGCUGGUGAAGGAGCUGGAGGACAUACGUCUGCAGCCCCGCGAACCGCCCGCCUGGGCACAGCAGCUGACAGAGGACGGGGACACGUUUCUCCAUUUGGCGAUUAUUCACGAGGAAAAAGCCCUGAGCCUGGAGGUGAUUCGGCAGACGGGCGGGGACUCUGCUUUCCUGAACUUCCAGAACAACCUCAGCCAGACUCCCCUUCACCUGGCAGUGAUCACUGAUCAGCCUGAAAUUGCCGAGCACCUUCUGAAGGCCGGAUGCGACCUGGAAAUCAGGGACUUCCGAGGGAAUACCCCCCUGCACAUUGCCUGCCAGCAGGGCUCCCUCAGGAGUGUCAGUGUCCUCACACAGUACUGCCAGCCACACCACCUCCUCGCUGUCCUGCAGGCCACCAAUUACAAUGGACAUACGUGUCUCCAUUUGGCAUCUCUUCAAGGGUACCUGGCCAUUGUGGAGUACUUGCUGUCCUUGGGAGCAGAUGUAAAUGCUCAGGAGCCAUGCAAUGGCAGAACAGCGCUGCACUUGGCUGUCGACCUGCAGAACUCGGACCUGGUCUCGCUCCUGGUGAAACACGGGGCAGACGUCAACAAAGUGACCUACCAGGGCUAUUCCCCCUAUCAGCUCACAUGGGGAAGAGACAACUCCAACAUACAGGAACAGCUGAAGCAGCUGACCACAGCUGACCUACAGAUGUUGCCGGAAAGUGAGGAUGAGGAGAGCAGUGAAUCGGAGCCUGAGUUCACAGAGGAUGAACUUAUGUAUGAUGACUGCCUCAUUGGAGGACGGCAGCUGGCGUUUUAAAGCAGAGCUCUCUGUGAAAAGAAGUGACUGUGUACAUAUGUACAGGAAAAGGACUGGCUCUCUUCAUGUAAAAAAGUGACAAUGCAGAGGGAAGGAGCAGGAGGGAAAUACGACACCGACCAGCGAGGAGCACGGAACUGUAACAGGAUGGUUCCAGGUUCUGGCCUGUGUUUAAAUACAGAAGUGGGAUGUGUAACAUCAGUAGAGAUCUGUGAUUAUUCACAUCAGCUGAUAAGAUAAAAGAGCCACAUAGCCAAUCUUCUCAGCCAGAGGAAGGUAGCAGACUGCACAUCCAGCCUGCUAGUUACAGAGAGGUAUCUUGUGGCAUUAAGUCCCACGAGGAGC